CAUCAAAAUAUGAAACGUCGUCCAUAAAGUGCUAUUAUAUCAAAAAUUGUAAAAGAGAGAUAAGAAUCAGGAAUAAAUACGUAAGAAUAUUGUUCUAGCAGAGUUCAUAAUUAAUAUAUUCCUAAAAACCAACACCAUAAUAGAUUGCACCUAAAGAAUAUUUUGAAGAUCAAGAGCAAUUGUAUUUCGCAAACUUAUAAUUGAAAUAAUAGUACAAUGAGUUAAAGUUUGAAAAUUCGAGACUAAAAGCCUUUGUAGCCUAAUUAAAAGUACUGAUGAAAUUUACAUAAUUAGAAAUAAAUUGUAAAAAUAGAGAAAGUAGAUAAAUUUUAAGUAAGUUGUGAUCCACUUGGAGUUGUUUAAAAUGGAGAAGGAAGCAUUGUACCUAUUUUAAAAGCUAAAGUAAAGGAAUAGCGUAAUUAAAUUGAAGAAUUAUAAACUGAUUUACAUUAACAAUAUAAGUCUGUUAAAUUGACUAAAUUAUCAGAAUUAUAAAGAGAGAUUCAUAAUUAAUAAAAUGAAAUUAUCAAAUUAAAAUAAGUGAUUUCAUCUGCUCUCAAUAUUACUGAUUAAGAGUAAUAUUAUAUAUAAUUUAUUAUAGUUUAGUCAAUGAUCCAAAUGUUAUUGAAAAACUAUCUAAAUUUACAAUUACAGUACAUCAACAAGAGAAUUCAAUUCAACAGUUAACAAAAUAAAAUGAUUAAUUAAAAUUAGAAUAUCAGAAAAUGUCUAAUGAUAAUGCAAAAUUGUUGGAAGAAAUGAAAUAAUUGAAUUUUGAGAAAAUUAAUUACAAAAAAUAAUUGGAAGAAUAAACAAUUACUGAAAAUGAAAUCUAUUAAUAAAAGAAAAGAGAAUUUCUAGAAAUGAAAUUGUCGUAAAUAUAUUAGUAUAUCAUUAAGUGCUACUUUAAAAUAGUUGGAUACAUUAAAAGGGGAAUUAUCUUUAUAUGAAAAUAAAUCAAAAUUGUUAUAGAAAUAAAUCAAAGAUUAAGAAAAGGAAUUUAAGUAGACAAUAAUGGAAUUAUAAAAAUCAAAAUAAAAUUUAGAAGAUUAAUGUUACAAAAAAGAUGUCAUUAUGUAAUUUAGAUGAUAAUACUUUAGAUAAGAUUUAAAUGAUCGCAUCAAUAUUAUGGAUUUACUAAAAUAAAAAAACUCUCCAAAACCUUCUGAUUCUCCACUUACUUAAUAACAAAAUAAAACAUUCUUUCCUCCUACAACUUAUAGGGAUUAAAUGACUUAAUUUCCUGAAAAUCAAAUAUCUGAUAUCAAUAGGGAUCUUAAUUCUAGGCCUAUAAGUAAAAAUAAAUUGGAACAGUUAUUUUAAUAAUUAAAAUUUAAAAUAAUUUCUUAAAAAUUAACUAAAGAUAGAAUUCAUUUUACAUUUCAUAAUAAAGAAUUCAUAUAAUUAGGGGAAGCUAUUUAAAUUUUUAUGAAUGCUCCAUAUAACUUUUAGAAAUCUGAUUCAAUAAUACUUUGUAGAUACUUUAUUGGAGAGGAUUAAGGAUUUUCUAAUUAAAUCUAAUGGUAAGACACAUAAGAAGUUAGAGAGAUUAUUGAUUAAUUUUAUAAUCAUCCAAAAAUAAAAUCUGAAUAUGUAUUAGAUAAUUUUAUUAAUUUAGUUGACAUUUUAGACUAUUUUGAAAUAGAAUUAUUUUUGUAAAGCACUAAAUUAGAAAUUGAUUUAAAGUAAUAUAACAAAUUAAAUAUACAACAAAGAUGAUCUGAUUUUACUAUUAAAAAAUAAAUUUAGUUUUACUUAUGAACAAAUAGAUUAUAUGUUGAUGAUGAAUUAUUUAUAUUCAAAUGAAGUAGAAUAUAUCAAUUUUAACUAUUUAAGAAAAUUAAUAUAAUAAGAAUGUGAUCUAUAAGCUACUCUUCACAAUUUAACAUAUUUUAGUCAUGAUACCAUUAGAUUUAUUCCAAAAAAAGCAAUUAAAUUUUCAUAUUCAGAUGAUGAAGAAUUUAAUAAUCCUGUACUUGAGAACAAUAAUUUAAACUCUAUAGAAAAAUAAAAAGAUGAUUCAAAAAAUUUAAUAAAACCACCUGAAAUAUCAAAUUAAAUUUAAAACAUUAUUACAAGUGAACAAUAUUUAACUUUCUCAUGUAUUUAUAUAUUUUGAUAAAAUAGAAUUUAAAAAUAAUGAUUAAUAACUAAAAAGUUCUGAAUCUAGAAAACCUAACAAUCAUAAUUAUAACAAUAGUGAUAUUUUCUAAUAUAGCUAAUCAAUACUACCAUAAGCUACUUUAAAAAAACCAUCUGAUAUGAUGUAAUAAAUCACAUAGGAUAAUUCGAUUUAAUUUAAUAUUACAAAUUAAUUUUAAUCUCCUUAACAAAAUAAAAAAAAAAUCAAUCAAAUAACUGAAUUCUAUCCAGGAAAAGAAAUUUUAGAUUAAAGAAACAUCCAAUAUAAUAUAGAUAAUGAUACAUAAAUUACUGAUGUUAAUAAAAAAGAAGAUGAUUAUUAUGAAGAAAUUUUAGAGGAAUACAUCGAAGAAUUGUGA